ACAAGUCGCGCAAGUGAGAGAGUCGCGAGUGGAAUCUAAAAAGUCGUGAGUCUGAUGUUGUGUGUCGCUCUUGACUUCGGCCGCAUUUCGCGCUAUCUCCGCGUUGCAGUCACAAAUUGCCGCGUCAGCCCGCGCUUAGGCCCGAAGGGGUGUCAGCAUUCGAGUAAGCCACGCGUGAUGAGCCUCGUUGUGACAGCCGCGGCGUGCCGGAUUCAGCUACACCACGCGCAACAGCCGACGAGAUGGAAGUGCCGCGGCGGCGGCGUGCCUGCAUUCUGACAGGAUUUCGGUCCGCAUCUUUUAUCUUGUACGUGCGCUCGAUCGGAGCUGAUGCUGUGGACGAGUAUGCAGCAAGCAAGCCCUGGGGUCACAAAGCUAGGAAGGCUCUCCUUGCUUCUUAUUUCUGCUGCUCCUGGACGAGGCUCACACCGGAAGCAGCCUACCCUUUCAUGCGAGCAGCGGGCACUGGGCUUGUAUCCCUUGCGUUUUGUUUCUGCGUCUGACGGCCUGUCAUGCAGGCUUCGCGUGGCGAGUCAUUACAUGCUGUUGUACACCACAUGUCGUGCUUCGGUGAUAUGCCGGUCAAAGGAGCGGUGCUUACCCCUCAUCUGUGCUCCAGCCGUGGGCCAGAGAGGGCAGCCUCUGCACGAAAUAGAGGCUCAGGAAGACUCCCGUCGUGAUCGCACGUCUCGACCUUGCAGGAUAUGGUGAACAUAUAUGCGAAUGAUGGGGCAUGUGACCAU